CGGCCGAAAUGAAAGCCGUUCUCAUCUGCGAUUUCCUAGAGUUGUGGUUACUUUAAGCUUUAAAUAACAUAAAACUCGUCAUACUUACAUAUGUUUAUCAGUGGACUGUGCCAUGCAGAAUAAAGGAUAGAGAUGAAGUGAGCGCAAUUGCCUGAUUCUGAGAAAGGGACGUAGAAAAGAGGCCGUGAUGGAGGAAAAUUCACUACUACAUAAUCCUUUGAGGAAAUCUCUACUCAUCCUGGUUCUUUCCUUCUGUUGCACAUAUGCAGAUCUCUGCUCAGUCCAUACCUGUGUCAUCGCAGAUGUGGGAAGCAAUGCUACCCUGCCCUGUGGGAAUCUGACAGGACAAGACACUUCUCAAGUGAACUGGUAUAAAAACAGUCCAGACACACUGAAGGUGCUUUUGACUUACAGUGUAGCUGAAAAACAGCUCUUUCAAUUAAAUGAAACAAAGCCCAGAAUAAAGCUGCUGCAUAGUCCAAAUGAAGAUUUUGGUCUCCAGAUUCUUCAGGUGCAGCAACUGGAUGCAGGAAACUAUACAUGUAAAGCAACAAUGAACACUGGGGUGAAAAGCACACAAUGGGAGCUCAUUACACAAGAUUCCAGCACCUAUGCUUCCAUAGAAGUGGGAAGCACUGUCACGCUUUCUUGUGGAAACAUGACAACAAAUGACACUGUACAAGUGAAUUGGCUUAAAGAUCAUCUAGGCAUGAUUGUGAGUUACGAUGUAAAACGAGAUGUGCUUUACCAGUUGAAUGAAACAAAGGCCAGGAUUAAACUGUUGCAAGGCCCAGAUAAAGAUUUUGGCCUCCUGAUUUCCCGAGUACAGCACCUGGAUGCAGGGAACUACUCAUGUAAGGCAACAAUGCGCACUGGGGUCUUUAACACACACUGGAAACUGAUCACACGAGAUGCCACUGGAUCAUCAUUUAUUUUCUCCAAACCUACCCUUAUCAUUAUGGUGAAUAUUCUCACUGCAAUAUGUUUAUGUGGAAGUUGUUUAUCUUUCAACAGAAAAUAUCUUUUCAAAGUUUGCAAAAAGCAAAAUGAGAAUGACAAAGCAGUAAGUAACCAGCAGGUUGAGGAUCAUCCACGUGAACCUGAUGAUAUCUACAUCAAUAGCCUGACAAUUCCAAUCCCAAAAGCUGACUGAGAUUUGUAUUUUUGAAGAUGAUCGAAUGAACAAAUAUACACUACACUUAAAUAU